AUGGAUCGAAUGUUUGAAAAACCUUCUUUGGAACCGAGGGAUUCGACACACCAGUCAUCAUCAUCGUGUUCAUCCACCGAUCUUCAUCCAAGAUCUUCAUCCACGAUUCAACCAUCAUCCACCGAUCACAUCCACUCUGAACUGGAGCUAGUGCGUCAAGACCCAACCCUGUAUCAAGAAGUGAUCCAUAAUUGGACAGAGAAGGUGAAGACAAAGUUGAGAUCAGAGAAUCGCACGAAAGAAUUUCUCUGCGAAGUGAGGAGAGAUAUCGGACACAUUUUGGUUCUCAAAACAUUCGAUACUCCACACAAAAGGAAAGCUUUCAUCAGAAGUCUUGUGAAGGAACCUUCGGAAGAGGAGGGGUUGGUCGCAUGGCUCCAGGAAGCCAAGCCAACAAAUCCAAACGAGCCAGAACUUGAAGAGCGUGAUCCAGCGCAUGGUCCUGCGACGAGUCAGCCACUUCCUGCACUCAACACACUUUUGGAGACUUCUGGAGGACCAUCGUCAUCCGGAACAUCGUCAUCUAUUCAAGGAGAUUCUUCUGGAGCACCAUCGAUGAAUAUGCCAAGCGCAGGAUUAUUUGGACAAUUCAAUCCCAACUUCUCCAGCCUUCCAUUUCCAAAUCUCCAGGUUGGGAUCAGUUCGCAGUUUGGCAUCCAGGUUCCAGGAAUAUCUGUGAAGAAUCUUCCUCCAGCUUCUGCUCUGCCACCCGCUCUAGACCCCUUCCUGGAAUUCUUGACCACACAACGGGGGUUGCCCGGAUUCAUAAACGCCCAGACCGUCCCAAUUCCUUCUAUCCCGGAAUUGAAUCCCAAACCAACGACCUCUUCUGAAAGAUCAAGGGCAAAUCCGGAGGGACCAAAAAGAAAGCCAGGAAGGCCAUUAGGAUCCACGAAAAUGGCCAUGAUACAGCGAAAGCGCGAGGAUCGGAAGAGAGCAGAAGAGAGCCGUCUUCUGGCUGCUCAAGCUCAACAAGACAUCUUCCCCGUUCCUAGGUCAUCAGAAGAGCAAGCGCAGAUUGAGAAGGAGGGUUCGGAGAUAGCGAGAGGUCUUCUAUUGGCCAGUCUUCAAACUUCGAUGGAUACUACUGUUGGGGCGGAGGACAGCUCAAAGGAUGGUGGGGAUCGAACAAAGGAGUCAGCGAUCGGAAAGGAAGUGUCGGAGCCAGAGACGUUAGAAGCUCCAGUUAUUCAAUCACAGAAACGAGUCCUUAGGAAGAGGAAAUCGGGAGCAGAGUUGAUUUCUUCAAUCGAUAACAUAUCCGACGAAUCCACACCAUCCGGACACACUGAAAAUCCUUCCACGACCAUCCAGCCACAACCAACCACUCGUCAAGCAGAACGUUCGAAAAUCCCACGAAAAUCAAGACAAGACCACCCGCCGAGCGAAUAUCUAGAAACCGAACUAAUGAUAAAAGGAUAUAUGAGAGAGGAUAACCGAAACGCUUCUAGAUCCGGUAGAAAGAAAAUCCAAGAGUCUGAGGAGCCUAUUGUCUCGGUAGACUGCGGUAAAGUGAUAGACGAGAUGGUGGAGAGAGUGAUGAAGGGGAAAAUUGAGGAUAUUGUCAUGCCUCCAGCCAAAAGAAGAAGAAGAUCCAUGGCAGGAUCGACGGCUCAAGAAUCCGAAGGUACGAAGAAGAAAGUUAGACGAGAAAAGAAGACGACUUCGGAUGAUGCGGACGCUUCUGAUAAUUCUAACCGUAUUCCGGUUGAUGAUGUUUCCACUCAAAAGCAUAUGAAGUCAAAGUCUGUGAAUUCUGUUUUAGAAGAUACUACCGUCACGGGAGAGUCUAGACAAACUUCAAGUGGUGAAGCUGCUGCCCAAGCUGAGGAGACUUCUCCUCAAGGAAACCAAGUUGUUGUAGAUGACAUUAUGAGAGAGUCGAGUCGAUCUGAAGAUGCUGGAACUGCCCAUGCCGAGGAAGCUGCUCCUGAAGAAAUUCAAGUUGCUGCUUCAAAAGUGGACAAUUUCGAUGAUGUUCCUUCAAAUGGUGUUGGUGCUUCGGAGAGACCGAAGACUGCUCGUGUAGUCAAAAUGAACCAGCCGAAGCUUCAAGAGGAAUUUACGGUCCCGAUAGCUUCCGGAUCGGUUUCUUCGUUAAUUACAGAAGACGCGAGCAAGAAAACAGAGUCUCCAGAAGCAACCCAUCCAAGUGAAACCAAAGCUGUCAUUCCCUUGAAAUCGCAAGAAACGGUGUCGGAGGCAGUCCAUAAUGGACCUUCCCAUUCGGCAGAACCACAAGGUCAAUACUUCAACUUUGCAAUGCAACGGGAAAAGGAAAGGCUACAGAAGAUGUAUGAUGAAAUGCGCAAAAAACCACUCUGUCAGAGUUUUUGUCCCCGCCCGACUUCCGAAGCCACUCCAGAAGUUUCAACUCCCAUGGUUCGAAGCUCUUCAACCAGCGCGCCCAAGACAAUUGAUGGACCACUUGCUUCUAAUUUUCCCAUACUCCCCAUACAAGCUCAUUCCCCUAUUCCGCCUCAAACGCCUUCUGAACCCCUCGAAGCAGUCGUGAUGUCAUCCACAAUAACUUCAGAAGUUUCAACUUCUAUGGUUUCAAGUUCUUCAUCCAGCUAUGCCGCCCCAGCUGUCAUGGCAGCUGAUGCACCAGUCGCUUCUAAUUUGGUUCCGUUUCUGGUAACGGCAACUUCGUCUAGUGAACUCCAAGAGAAAAAUCAAGCAGCUUCUGGAAUUGUACCACCGGGACGCUCCGUUAUUCACACGACUCCAGCUGUUCCCCAGCUUGUUCCAGGAAUGUUAACUUUGUCAGUUGGAGUGGCGCUAUCCUAUAUGUUACCAUCAAGAACACAAUCACCUCAUCAAGAUAUUCCUGCCCAUCGAGAGCUGCCAAAACCAAUUGCACAUCCUGGUGCAAUCAGUUCUCAACUGCCUCCAUGUGCAGCCCUAUCGAAGCUGCCUCCACUAUUUACGGCUUCCAGCCAAGCGACGGCUCCCAACCUUCAUCCGGCCAACUUCAAAGUUCCCAUAGCUGUUGACCCUACGAAAGCAUUUUCCCCUGAACAUCUGGAACCCACUGGAAAUGGAAUACAAACUGAUAUCUCUAGCUUGAGCACACAUGGGGCAUAUUUGGAUUCAACUUCUACAACAAGCAGUGCAGAACCACCAUUACAACAAGGACUUCCAGCUCCGGAAUCUGCUUUAAAUUCUGAAUCCAGAACUGAUAACUCCACUAAUUCCGGAGCCAAUUCAUCUGCUGCUCUUCCAACCAGCUCUUUUCAAGCAGCUCGUGAAACUUCAAGGCUCUCUGUGAACCAGCAAAAUAAACACGGAGCCAACAUGACCUCAUCUGCAGCAGCUCCAGAAGCUUCAACUUCCACGGUUCGAAGUUCUUCAACCAGCGAUGGCGCCCCAGCUUUCUCGACAGCUGAUGCGCCAUUAGCUCCUACAGAAACUUCAUCGAGCGGACGCCAAGAGAAAAAUCGAGAAGCAUUUGGCAUAAGCCCACCGGCACCCUCCGUGACUCACGCGACUUCAGCUAAGCGCCACCCAGAAAUGCUCCCUUUGCCAGCUGGAGUGACACCAUCGGAACCACCAACAGCACCACCAACAGCACCACCCCAUUAUCAAGGAGUUCCGGUCCACUAUGUACCACUAAGAUCAUUUACUGAUCAUGUUACAAUCAGCGCUCAACUACCUCCCGAUGCAACGAGACAGCCGCCAUCAUAUACGACAUAUUCGGCGACCAGUCAAGCUGUUAAUUCGAACUCUCCUCCGGGGAACUCUACCGCUCUCCUAGCAAAUAUGCAAGUUCAUGCCUCUGUUUUCGCUCAAACACCCGCUGAACCUCUCGAACCCACUGGAAAUGGAAUACAAGUUGCUGUUUCUAGCUCGAGCCCAGAUUCAGUAGCAUCUGGAACUUUAGGAAUCUCUGGAAACCAGCAAAAUGAUCUCGAAGCCAACGAAACUUCACGCCAACAGAAGAACCAAGAAGCGUCUGGCAUGUUAUCACCUAGACGCUCUGUGCCUCAGACGACUCCAGCUAUUCCCCACCCAGGAAUGUUUCCUUUGCCAUCCGGAUCACCAAGAGCACCACCCCAUCAUCCUGGAGUUCCGGUCCGUCAAGUGCCACAAGGAUCAUUUAUGCAUAAUGGGCAAUUUAUCCCGGGUUCGAACUUCAUGCACCAUUUGGGAGAUCCAAGAAUGUAUCCAAAUUUUGCUCAACAUCAAGUGAAUAUGAGACAUCCGAUGGUUCCGCCUCCACCAUACACGGCGACAAGCCGAGCUGCUCCAUUCAACCUUCCUCCAGUCCACUCUACCGUUCCCAUGGCUUUCGCCCCUAUGCGAGCUCAUUUCCCUGUUCCACCUAGGCCAGAAGUCGCGGCGCAAUGGAUGGCGGCACACUCGAUGUACCAACAUCAAAAUAAGCCCGUGGCCCAACCACAGAUGACACCGAAAAGGGCUCGAAAGCCAAGAGCCAGAGCAGCGCCACGCCACGAUACAGUGGUCUCCAUUCCAAUCGCCAGGAGUCCUCCUGCCGCCGUUCCAGUGCCACCAAUCGGCCAAAUGAUUGUUCCCCAACCAGAGGUUUACCAAAACCCUCAAGCCUCUGCCAUUCGUCGUGUUUUUAACACCAUGCCCCACUUGGAUUACCCGCCGAAGCCUUCACAGGACAGCAGCUCGAAUGAAUCGAUGCCCCGUCUCGAAGCUGAUGGUGAAGAGGAAGAAGCAGUGGGAGAUCAACCAGGACCAAAAGAUCAGUCUUCUCCAGAAGCACCACCACCGAAGAAUAGCAGUUAUGACGAAGACCUGCACAAAAUGAUAUGCAGAGAUGAGGCAAUCCAUGAAGCCCUGAAAAAUGCUCCUCGAGCAAAAUCACGGAUCCUUCCCCUCGAGGAUAUCAUACCGUCAGAGGAGGAAUGCCCAGAUCUCGAAUUCUUCACAGACUUUGCCGAUCGGAGCCAAAGCUUUGGGGAGAUGAACAGAUGCACCGUCACUUGCACAGAAAUGUUCUCCUCCGAGUUUACCAAUCGUGUCGAGAAGAGAGGACAACAAAAAGUUCGCUUCCAUAAAAAUGAAAAAUUCCGAAAGACAUUGGAAGGCGUGAAGGCUGUUGCGUUGUUUGAGAUGGUAAUGCAGGAUAAUCUGAUUACCAUCCUCAAUGAAUGGCCAGAAGCUCGUCAGGAGCCAAAGUUUCAGUUGUUCCUUCGAGCACACGAGCUGACAGGACACAAGGCCGUAUUCAACAACGAGAAUGAAGCGGAGGCUGAGAAGAAUUUGAAAACUUCGGGUGCAAUAAAGUCAUCGCCUUCCUUCUCUAUGCUAUUCACAAAUCUGUCGGAUGUUGCUAUCCAGUUCAAGGAUUCCGUUUGA